GCGAGCUCGGGGAAGGCCGGGUCCGUGGCCAGAGGAGGCCGGAGGAGGGCCGUUCGGCCGGGUCGGGUCGAGCGGUUCGGCCGCGUGGGAGAGGAGAGAGGACGGAGGGUUUCGGGGGACUAUUCCGCAAAAUCUCCAUUUUUUUGUCCUUAAUGAAUAAAUCAGAAAUUUUUCCUAUUUAUAGAAAAUUCCCAAUUUUCAAAUAUUCAUAACUUAAUCAUACGAACUCCGAAUAAUGCGUUCCACAUGUCCACGAACUCGUAUCGACGAGCUCUACAACUUUCAUGAAGGAAGUUUUCCCAAAUUUUGAACGAAUAAAAAGUCAACUUUGUUGACCCCCUAAAAACGUUCGUUUUCGAAAAUAAAAUCGUUCGAACUAAUUCCACAACUUCUCCAAGCUUCGUACUCGCUCCUACUAUCGUGAAAUCAUUUCUAAAAAUCCACGGAAAUUAAUUUGGAUUUUCCGGGGUAUUACAGUCUACCCUCCUUAAAGAAAUUUCGUCCCGAAAUUUGAGCGUAAGUCAAUUCCUCUCGAUUAAGGUUGACCUAAUCAUAGAAUCUCCAUCUUUUCCAAAUCUGUAGUAAUCUACAAAGCCACAAUCCUUUGUAUAAAAAUACAUUCCUAGGGCCACUAAAUCCUUUCAUCACAAUGUAAAUUCACAAAACAACUGCUCAACAUCACUCCACAUCAAUUACACAAAAUCAUCACGUGGAUCAUCUCAUAGAUCCUUACAUAGAUCUUCACAUAGAUCAUCACAUAGAUCUUCACAUAGAUCAUCACUCUGUACUGGCAUACAAGCACAGUAAACACUCCCACAAAGUGUUUCGCUACUCAAUUAGCAUCACGGUAAAUCUCUAUAGUAAAACUCAAGCAUGCACCAUUCUUCACAACAAUAGAGAUGCAUCACUCAAAACAAAUCAUCCCAAAAAGCACGCCAAUAAAUUAUGUCACCCAAUGAUGAUGACUUGGGCUUGCUCAAUCCUUGGGCUAAGCACUAGGGCUGGCCAAUUGGGCCUGAAGAAAUCGGACCAUCCACAUUUCGAACCGGCCCAAACCAAUUUGGGUUUAACAUUUGGGCCUACUAUUCGGGCCGAACAAUUGGGCUUACCAUUUGGGCCUACCAUUCGGGCCGAACAAAAGCAUUUUGAAUAGGCCCAACCAAUUUGGGCUUACUAUUCGGCCCACAAAGUUUAGCUCGGCUACGGUAUGAAAUUGUACAUACCGUAGGUAUACCGUAUAUACGUAUGCAUACCGUACAGACCGUAUAUACGUAUAUAUACCGUACAUACCGUAUAUACGUCCGUAUAUCAAGCAUAUACGAGAUCCAAAAAUAUUUGUAGGAGGUAAGGUUCGAACUCCCGACCUCGAACACGAAAGUUUUGCUCUCAACCACUGAAGCAAGAGCUGCCUUCAUUAAUAUAUGCUCACGUGUUAUAUUUAUUAUGUCAUAAGCGACAUAAAUAAAAUAACGGGGGAGGCAAGGUUCGAAACCUCAACCUGCCGCACGAAACCUUUGUCCCCCAACCACUGGAGCACAAGCUGUGCUUAAUAUAAUGUGUACAAAUUUUAUACUUAUUAUGUCAUAACGAACAUAAUAAAAAUAAACGAGAGGCGAGGUUCGAACCUCAGACCUCUUGUACACGAACUGUACACUCAACCACUCGAGCACGGCUGCUCACGUUAUUAUCCAUACCAAUCCUUUUAUUUAAACCAACUGUUUCAACUGUUUAAACAAUUCGGCCCAAAACAUCCAAGACUGUUGCAGAAACCCAGCCCAACGUAUCCAAAACUGUUACAGAAAUCCGGCCCAACUCAUCCAAAACUGUUUCAGAAACUCGGCCCAUCAUGUCCAAAACUGUUUCUGAAACUCGGCCCAUCAGGCCUCCACCCACAGCUACAGUGAUGCCUUGAUCCGAGACAGGCCCAAGUACGGCCCACUUGUGUCACGGCUUAUCCCUUCCGUGAUUUACGGCAGUCAAAUCUGCUUUCGGCUACAGCUGUCUGCCACAGCGCCUCGAGAUUCCCUCGGUCCCCUUACACGCUCUCCACGCGCCAACAGCUUUUCCGUGUUUUAGGGCGACUUUAAUCCAACGCGUAGAAUGAAUCACAGGAGUCGUCCAUCCAACGGUGGAGAUCCGCUCACCUCGCUCUAUAAAUAGGUGCAUUCUGAGGGCGCAACUGUUCAUUCCAAAGGAACGAAAAUCUCUCCUGAGUUCCAGCCCCUCUCUCCCAACUCUUCAGCCUUUCUCUUCUCAAAUCCUUUCUUCAUCAAUUUCAAUCCUUCUCUUCUGAUCUUCUCUCCCAUCUAGUUGAUUCAAUCCCAUCUUUCCUCUGAACUUUCAGAUCUUCAAUCUUUUCCUCCAAAUCUUCAAUCCUUCUUUCUCAGAUCUUUUCUUCCAUUUGAAGAUUCGAUCUCAUCUUUCCUCUGAGAAUCUCAGAUCUCCAAUCACCAGUUCAACAACUCCAAUCCUUCUAACAAAAUCUCCCUCAAACACUAAACCAUGUAUUCCUCGAUUUCCACAUCCUCUCACCCCAUGACCCAAGAGCCACGAACUCUGCAACUAAUGGAGCUCCAAACCCCGCAACAAAUGGAACCACAACAACAGCAACCAACAGAGGAGGGAGGAAACACCCAAGCAGCUGGAAGUAGUGCCAACAUGGAUUUCUGGCGAAGCCGUACCAGGUGGAUUCCUACUCCAGAACAAAUAAGAAUCCUCAAGGAUCUUUACUACGUCAAGGGAUUUAAGUGCCCAACUACAGAGCAGAUUCACGAGAUCUGUCUCCAGCUGAACCAGUAUGGGCAUGUUGAGGGUAAGAACAUUUACUUUUGGUUCCAGAACGUCAGGGCUCGAGAGAAGCAGAUGAAUAGGUGUAAUCAGGCUGCUCCAGUGCCCAUGAGAACUAGUUCUCUUGGUACUGGUAGAUCCAUUGAUCUCAAUUUUGGGUCCACUGGUUCUACUGGUGCUGGUGGAUCCAUCGACAUCAAUUUUGGGCCAGCUGGUGGAUCCAUUGACAUCAAUUUUGGGUCCACUAGUUCUACUGAUGAUGGUAGAUCUAUUGAUCUCAACUUUGGUUCCACCUAUUCUACUGGAGGACAAACAUCCCUGCAACAACGAGGAGGAGAUCACCAGGAGGUUCAAACUCUUCCUCUGUUCCCCGUGCACGGCGAGGACGUCUUUGGUAACCUGAAGACUACUUCCGAGGAAGGUAGUGCACAUGAUUACUAUUUCGGUGGCUCAGGCGGUUACAACCGUGGAUCUCCAGUUUCUCUUGAGCUCAGCCUCAACCCAUCCGGAGCUGCUGACUAGGCUUAGUACAGCAUAGUCCUCGUUUUCCUUUUUUUUUUUUUUUUUUUUUUUUUUUUUUUUUCUUUUUUUUUUGUAAUAUAAACUCAAUAAGAUGGUGUGCAUGUUUUCUUUCCUGUUUGUUUAACCAACAACAACACCAAGGAUCGAACCUUGGUCACCCAAUACUAUUUUCAAAACCAUAAACAACUCUACUGCACACAUCUUUCAUAAUGAUGCAAUAAAAACAAUCACUCAAAAAGAAUCCAACAAUCAAUUAAGUCGCAUCGAGGUCUAGCUAGUAUCCUCUGAGUCAAACCAAACACAACAAUUUCAUCGAUAGGAUUAGGGAUUU